GCAUCCCCCAGUGCUGGGGAGCUGCGUGACCCGGCUGUGCUGCGGCACAGCAGAGCUGCAGCUGCGGGGCUGCUCCGGCCCUGCCGCCUGCGGUGGCAGCCGGGGACAGGCGCGAAGGCGUGCGGUGGAUGAAGGUCUCCGGGCAGCACUUGGGGACACUGCUGCAAGCCCAGCACCCAAUUCUGGUGAGCACAUGGGACGUGGGAUCCUGCGUGGAGUCAGCUGCUGGUCCUCCUGUGUCCUGCCACGCCGGGGCCGAGUAGGCAUUCUCACCUGACUGCGAGCAGGCAGCGGAGGGCACGGGCUGCGCGUGGGAGUGUGCCUUGUGGGGACUCCAGUGUAUGUGUGAAACACAGCUGACUGUUCUGAUCCGGUGCUGCAUGAGCCAGCCAUGGGAAACAGCCUUUUUGCAAACUGCUGCAGGCAAGUCACCGAUCUCCUCUUCCAGCCACGCAGCUCUGGCUCACCCGACGAGAGGUCGCCCCUCUUGCCAAAGUCUUCCACAGGCUGCACUGUCUUCCCAGAGAUGCCAGAAGCUGCCCAGUGUGCUGGGCUGUAUCCAGACAUCAUCCCCAGCGAGGCAGUGACGGGAAGCUUGCAGAAGGGUACUGAAUACAUCCAAGACCUAUCUGAGACCAAGGACAAAGAAGGAAUGGUGACAGUUUGUGAUAAGGGCGGUUUGAUACCUGGCGUUGGCACGGUUGGCCUGCUCCAGCAGACAGAGGCAUCCCGUGCAGUGACUGUCCUUCCAGCCGACCUUGGGGACAGGCCGGCAGGGCUGGUUGAUCAUGCUCAGUCACUUGAGGCCUGCCAGGGCUGUGUGAAACUUGAGGACAGCGGCUUAGCCCACAGAUCCUGCCGCCGGGAGGAGCACGUGGCAGCAGCUGAUGGCAGUGAGGGCCCUGGAGCACAUUCUGCCGGCCAGGGCCACGGCGAGGAGCGAGCAGCCGUGUGCUUGGACACAGCCUUAGUGGCUCUGGACAGCGUGCUGAAGUGCAGAGGUCCUGCUCCCUCCCCAGGGAGCCCUGGGACACUGUCCUCUGCUCUGCCAUCAAGUGUGGGGAAAACCCUGUCAGCUCAAAGUGCAGUUGUGCUGCCUGUUUCCCCUGGUGAGGUGUUACCUAAGGCUCAGGACACAAGUGCUGGUUUUGUGACAGAACCUACUGCCUGCCUCAGCAGAAGAUCAAGCUGUGAUCCUGAUUCCCAGGCACAGGUUCUGCCCUCAAAGCAGCAGCAGCAGAAAAAGAAGAGGAAGAAAAAGAAACUCCCUCUCCCAGAGCACCAAUCUGGCGUGGCACUGAUGAAUGGCAGCGGCCCACAUGACAGCCUCAAGGGCGAGAAGGAUGCCAAGCAGAACGGCCAUGAGGAAGCUGACCCAGGAGAAGAUGGGAACGACCAGGAGGUCAUCGUCAUACAGGAUACUGGAUUUACUGUCAAGAUCUGUGCACCAGGGAUAGAGCCCUUUUCCCUGCAGGUUUCUCCUCAAGAGAUGGUGCAAGAAAUCCAUCAAGUUUUGAUGGACCGUGAGGAUACCUGCCAUCGGACCUGCUUCUCCCUGCAGCUGGAUGGCAACGUCCUGGAUAACUUUGCUGAGCUGAAGACAAUUGAAGGACUGCAGGAGGGCUCACUGCUGAAAGUGGUGGAAGAGCCGUACACAGUGCGAGAAGCCAGGAUACACGUGCGCCACAUUCGGGACCUUCUGAAGAGUCUUGACCCAUCAGAUGCUUUCAAUGGUGUGGACUGUAACUCACUGUCCUUCCUGAGUGUCUUCACUGAAGGAGACCUGGGAGACAGUGGAAAACGGAAGAAGAAAGGUACUGAAAUGGAACAAAUUGACUGCACACCUCCUGAACAUAUCCUGCCAGGUAGCAAAGAGAGGCCCCUGUGUGCCCUUCAGCCCCAGAACAGAGACUGGAAGCCUUUGCAGUGCCUAAAGGUGUUGACAAUGAGUGGUUGGAACCCCCCGCCCGGUAACCGCAAGAUGCACGGGGACCUCAUGUAUUUGUACGUCAUCACGGUGGAGGAUCGGCACGUCAGCAUCACCGCCUCCACUCGGGGAUUCUACUUGAAUCAGUCUACUGCAUACAACUUCAAUCCCAAACCGGCAAACCCCAGUUUUCUCAGUCAUUCCUUGGUGGAACUACUAAACCAGAUCAGCCCUACCUUCAAAAAAAACUUCUCUGCUCUGCAGAAGAAACGGGUUCAGAGACACCCCUUUGAGAGGAUAGCCACUCCUUUCCAAGUGUACAGCUGGACAGCUCCGCAAGCAGAGCACGCCAUGGACUGUGUCCGGGCAGAGGAUGCCUACACUUCUAGACUGGGCUAUGAGGAGCACAUACCUGGACAGACCAGAGACUGGAACGAGGAGCUGCAGACCACACGAGAGCUGCCACGCAAGAACCUGCCCGAGAGGCUGCUGAGAGAACGAGCCAUUUUCAAGGUUCAUAGUGACUUCACUGCAGCAGCAACACGAGGUGCUAUGGCUGUCAUCGAUGGCAACGUCAUGGCCAUCAACCCCAGCGAGGAGACCAAGAUGCAGAUGUUCAUCUGGAACAACAUUUUCUUCAGCCUGGGCUUUGAUGUCCGUGACCACUACAAGGACUUUGGUGGAGACGUUGCUGCUUAUGUAGCUCCUACCAAUGAUCUCAAUGGUGUGCGGACCUACAAUGCUGUGGAUGUGGAAGGGCUGUACACGCUGGGGACUGUCGUGGUGGAUUACAGAGGGUACAGGGUGACAGCUCAGUCUAUUAUUCCUGGCAUCUUGGAGCGGGAGCAGGAGCAGAGUGUCAUCUAUGGGUCAAUAGACUUUGGCAAGACAGUUGUGUCACAUCCCAAGUACCUGGAGCUGCUGGAGAAGACCAGCAGGCCGCUGAAGAUCCAGAAGCACAAAGUUCUCAACGACAAGAACGAGGAGGUGGAGCUGUGCUCCUCAGUAGAGUGCAAAGGCAUUAUUGGCAACGAUGGGCGUCACUACAUCCUGGACCUGCUACGCACUUUCCCUCCAGAUCUAAACUUCCUGCCUGUUGAAGGGGAGGAGAUGCCAGAGGAGUGUAAGAAAAUGGGGUUCCCCAAGCAGCACAGACACAAGCUUUGCUGUCUCCGGCAAGAGCUUGUUGAUGCCUUUGUAGAACACAGGUAUCUCUUAUUCAUGAAGCUGGCUGCACUGCAGCUGAUGCAGCAGAAAGCCAACAAGCAGGAGAACUCAGCUGCGCUGGAAAAUGGUGCCUCUGCAGAGAAUGGCGCCACAGACAGCGAGAGGCCUGAGUCAGAGGAUGGCAAAAUAGAGGACAGCGUGACGGGACUCGAUCAGGUGAAGGAGCUCGCAGAGACCAUCGCGUCUGACGAUGGAACAGUGGAUCCCAAAAGCAGAGAAGUGAUUCGGAAUGCUUGCAAGGCUGUGGGCUCCAUUAGUGACACAUCAUUUGAUAUUCGGUUUAACCCAGAUAUUUUCUCACCAGGUGUUCGCUUCCCUGAGUCGAGCAAAGAGGAGGUGCAGGAUCAGAAGCAGCUGCUGAAGGAUGCUGCUGCGUUCCUGCUGUCGUGCCAGAUCCCAGGCUUGGUGAAGGACUGCUUGGAUCACACGGUGCUCCCGAUGGAUGGGGCGACCUUGGCUGAGGCCAUGCACCAGCGAGGCAUCAACAUGCGUUACCUGGGCAAAGUGAUCAACUUCAUCACCAAGACCCCCGGCCGUGCACAGCUGGAUCACAUCUUUAAAAUUGGAAUCAGUGAAUUGAUCACUCGAUCAGCCAAACACAUCUUCAAGACGUACCUCCAGGGCGUGGAGCUGUCAGGGUUAUCCGCUGCUAUCAGCCACUUCCUCAAUUGUUUUCUGAGCUCCUUCCCAAAUCCCAUUGCCCAUCUUCCAGCUGAUGAGCUGGUCUCCAAGAAGAAGAAUAAGAAAAGGAAAAAUAGGAACCUUGGAAAUGCUGAUAACACUGCAUGGGCCAGCAUGACCCCUCAGGAGCUAUGGAAGAAUAUUUGUUCAGAAGCAAAGAACUACUUUGAUUUCAGUCUUGAAUGUGAGAAUGCUGACCAAGCAGCUGAAGUGUAUAAUCUACAGAAAAUCACCCUGCUCCGUGAAAUCUCCCUCAAAACUGGAGUCCAGAUCCUGCUGAAGGAGUACAACUUUGACAACAGGCACAAGCCCACUUUCACAGAAGAGGAUAUUCUUAACAUCUUCCCUGUAGUGAAGCAUGUAAACCCAAAAGCUUCCGAUGCUUUCCACUUCUUCCAGAGCGGGCAAGCAAAAGUUCAGCAAGGUUUCUUGAAGGAGGGCUGUGAGCUCAUCAACGAAGCCUUAAACCUGUUCAACAACGUGUAUGGUGCUAUGCAUGUAGAAAUCUGUGCCUGCCUGAGGCUGCUAGCUCGGCUCAACUAUAUCAUGGGAGACUACUCAGAGGCCUUAAGCAAUCAGCAGAAAGCGGUGCUAAUGAGCGAGAGGGUCCUGGGCAUCGAACAUCCCAACACCAUCCAAGAAUAUAUGCACCUGGCUCUCUACUGCUUUGCAAACAGCCAGCUCUCGACAGCACUGAACCUGCUGUACCGUGCACGCUACCUCAUGCUCUUGGUAUUUGGGGAGGAUCACCCAGAAAUGGCACUCUUAGAUAACAACAUUGGCCUGGUGCUCCACGGGGUCAUGGAGUACGACCUGUCCCUCCGGUUCCUGGAGAACGCGCUGGCCAUCAGCUCCAAGUACCACGGCUCCAAGUCUUUGAAGGUUGCACUGAGCCACCACUUGGUUGCCCGAGUGUACGAGAGCAAAGCAGAGUUCCGGUCAGCUCUGCAGCAUGAGAAGGAAGGCUACACCAUCUACAAGAAUCAGCUCGGUGAACACCAUGAGAAGACCAAAGAGAGCUCCGAGUACUUGAAAUACCUGACGCAGCAAGCGGUCGCUCUGCAGCGCACAAUGAACGAGAUCUACAAGAACGGCUCCAAUGCCAACAUCAUGCCCCUGAAGUUCACAGCUCCCAGUAUGGCCAGUGUCCUGGAACAGCUGAACAUUAUCAAUGGAAUUCUCUUCAUUCCACUAAGCCAAAAAGACCUGGAGAACCUUAAAGCCGAGGUGCAGCGACGCCAGCAGCUCCAGGAAAGCAUGAAAAGUGGGGAACAGCUGGAAGCAGAGGACAAAGCUGUGGAGGAGAAAGAGGCUGAGCCGAGCAUGCCUUCCACUGCCAUCCCCUUAACACAGAGCUCUGCUUAAUGUGUACCUCGCUUAAAAAAAAAAAAAGUUUAAACCACCCUUUUCUGAAUCUGGCCCAGGGCCUUAGCUGUCCUUGGAGCAGCUCCUCCUUUUUGACAAUGUUAUUGCACUGGUACAAUUAAUACACAAUGCAAAGAACUAAUCUGAGCAAUGUAAUCUGUCUGCCCCAGCUUGUGUCUGCCACGCGAGGGGAAGUGGCCGGAGGCAGCACAGACCCGUCCUGGCGCGCGGGGCCCUCCUGCUGUGUGUGUGUCUGUGUCGUGUGUGUGCGCAGCAGUUAUUUCUACUUUGUACAUAUGAAUUCCAAAUGAACUGUCUGGAGGAAUGUAACAUUUCUCAGGUCAUUUUUAUGUUGACUAAGGACACUGCUUUGCUAAACCAGUAAAGAACCAGCCCCAUCGCUGCUCCGCGUUCUUGUAAAACGUGGAUUCCAAGCCAAAAGAUUGAUUUCCCCCAGUCACUAUUCAAGAUUGUGCUAAAACAGCCAUAUUUGUGUUGCUGAGAUGACUGAAGCUUGUGACAUGUGUAAGCGGGGGAUGUACAGCAUUUUCUACAUCAGGAUAUAGCCAUGGGAUUCCUUUAAACAUUUUUUUCUAUGUUUGGUUGGCAGUUUGGCAAUUCAGUGGGGUUUUGUAACAUUCACAUUCUAAUUUUCAAGAUAAAGAUAUAGAUAGAUAUAGAUAUAUAGAUAUAUAUAUAUAGAGAUAUAUAUAUAUGAUAUUCACCGUUCCACCUCUGCUCUGCUUGCAGCUGAGUGACUUGGGAUACUGUAUCCAAAGAGUGAGGGCUUGAUCUUUAAAAAGCGCACAAACUUCCAUUGCAGUGGAAACCCCAGUGCCUCGGAGAGGUGUGAAUGCAGCAAAUGAGGUCUGAGCUAAGGGGAGAAAGGAGGGAAUCACAGCCCUGUUUAAGGGGGGGGAGAGGGGAGAAAAAUUCAGAAACAGAGACCUGGUGUCAUUUGCAACUGCACUGUUGACACAGAGCUGAGGGCCCUGAACCUGACAGAAUCACAACCCCAAAGUACUAGGUUUUGGGGAAGGGGUUUAAAUGAAAACUGAGGAUCCCCCAGCACUGAAACCUCUGGCAAAUACCUUUGUCUCUGGUGCUUUUGCACACUGGUUUUGGGACUGGCGCUGGGAGCUGCCAUUGCUGGCAAUGGAUGGUACUGAAAUGGCAAGUGCCACCAAGGAAAUCCUCCUGUCCCCUCCCCUCCACGCACAUCCUGUGGGGUUGUCACUGUCCUCAAGCAGGUAAGAUGUGGCUGCUGCAGGCCCCGGGAUGCCGACAGAGUUGAAUGUCCUGUUCUCCAAGCAGAUGCAGCUGUAGAAGAGCGGUGGGCUGGCGGCAGCCCAGCCUCUCCUCCCUCGCAUUGUCUGUCCUGGAUCGUGCCCCGUGCUAAUCCGCGCUGCUUCUCUUACUGACCCCUGGAGCCGAGUGCUGUCCCUGUGCUCUGUACCCUCCGUUUCCUGUCUCACCCUACAGCUAUUUGUAACUCGGGGCUGGGCUGCAGGGCAACGAGGGAGCAGCCUCUGAGGUGUUGGAGGCAACAAAGCAGUCUUCACUGCAAAUGAACUUGCUCCUAUUAGAAAAAUUCUGAAUUUCCUGGAAAGCAAUCAAUAAAUGACUACAGUGCAUCUUUCCUACAAGAUUUUUCUUUUACUAGUGUCUUACAGUCCAUUAAAAGCUUUUUAAACUCUU